AUGAUGAUGACGCAGUCUUACUAUGGCGGCGACUUCGACGCGUUCAAUCGGCCUGGUCACAGGGCUCCAACUGCAGCCCACUACGACCGAUCGGUGCCAUACACACACGGGUACUACGAGCAUCCACCACAUCCACACCAUGAGCUUCGGUCGGAGUAUGUCGGACGCUCAGGAAGCCGCACUGUGAUCGCGGAGCCGAGCCCUGAGGCUGGACCACAUGGCCACGCCCGACGGCGUAUUCAGGUUGCAUGCUCACGCUGCCGACGACGCAAGAUCAAGUGCACUGGGGACCCAGGUGAUGGCAGUGGCUGCUCGGCUUGCCGUUCUGCUGGCACUGAUCGCAAUCAGUGCACGUUCAUCAGAGUCGGAAGCAAGGAGAUGCCAAUGCCAGGCAUCGACUUGAUGGCCACCAACAGUGCCGUACCACCUGUAGCUCCAGCAUCCGCCGCAUACAGCGCAGAUGUGACCGCUGGUGCAUACGACGCCAGCAUGUAUCAGACGACCCACCACCAUCCCUCUCUGCCAAUGUUACAAACCCGCACGGCGUACCCCGAGUACGACCCUUACAACGCUUCACCCGUGGACGACUACACCUACGCGUCGUCCUCAAUGCCUCGACAACAGUCCUUCUCGAGCACUUACGGAGCAGAAAGCUUCCGUCCCUGGCCCAGCACUUCAGUAUCAGCGCCUGCCACGACUGCGAGCAUGUACUACGAGCCAGGCUCAGCCUUCAGCUUUGGUACUCUCCAGGCGAAUGGACCAUUCCCAGCAUCGUCCAUCUCUCGCUUACCUAGUGUGACGGGAGAGGCCUUCUCACCACUCAACAUGGGCUCGCUCCACUCUUCCCUGCCAACACAGACGGUCCAGGAACGACGUCUGCCUGCGCCCUAUACACAGUCAUACACUCAGCAGGGCUACGCAAAUGGAGAUGUGCCGCAAAUCAGGCCCCUGGCAUCUUUCUCGGAACCACAACGAGCGCACCUCGACAGCAUCAACAAUACUCGAGGCAGCAUGUCCUGGGCAAACGAGAUGCCUCCAAUGCCAUCCGUCUCCCGCGUCGGCUCGGUCAGCAGUCUGACCUCGUCCCAGUACCAACAACACCACGGCCUCCCCCUGUCCUCUUCCGCCUCCUCGACAUCCUCCAUCUCCGCCGACUCAGCAGUCCUAGGCUACCAAUUCAGCGCCUCAAGCGGCAGCCCUGAAGUCUCCCCCACCUCCGGUGCCUCCAUGGCCGAGAGUUCCUCCAGCAACUCCAGCUCCUCCACCGCCACAUCUUCAAUGAUGCCACCUUCCAAUCCCAACAUCCGGUACUCCGCCUCCAGCACCUACCACGGCCUCCCUGCUCUCAGCAGUGCCGCAGAGUCUCCUCGUCCACAGUCUUCCCGCGAAGCUGCUGCUGCGAGCCUUUACAGCUAUAGCACCGGCGUUGACCACGCGGCGACUGAGCGCCAGCCAAUCCAUGGCGGGGCGGAGGAUGUCCAUUAUGCUGCUGCUGCUGCGACACCACAGCUCCAGCAACAGAACUAUCCACCAAUGCGACACCCACAACCCCAGCAUGCGGCGAGCGUAGACGAGCUGAGACGUCGCUCAUCGUAUGAUCAGCGCGCUGCUACUGCGCAUCGUAUGUCGGUGCAGAACCUCAACGGCCGCUACUGA